AUGGGGCGGCUCGGGGCCCGCCGCCUCUUCCUGCUCGCCGCCUGCCUGGGGCUCUGCGGGGCGCGCGGGGCGCUCGGAGCAUCUUUUUAUGGUGAGAGUUAUGUGGAGCUCAACAUCUUAGAAGUUGCUUCUGAAUUAUCCCUUCAAUUAAAAUUUCAAACCAGCAAACCACGGGGAUUGCUUUUUCUUGCAGCUGGGAAAAAUGACUACUGUAUAAUAGAACUUCUAUCAGGAAACUUGCAGGUGAGGGUGAAUUUGGGUGCACAUGAAAAAGUGCUCCUUGCUGAGCAAAAACUUCGAAUGGAUGACCUGGUUUGGCAUUUAGUGGAACUGUACUAUGUGAAAAACAAUAUCUCUAUGGUUAUUGACAAACAAUAUGAGACGAUGGGCCAGAUCCCUGAUGGGGCGCGCAAUUUGCACUUUCAACAUGGAAUCUACGUAGCAGGCCACGGUGGACUUGAUGUCCCUUACCUGGAUAGAGAGCUCCCCAAUUUCCGUGGAUGUAUGGAGGAUGUGCUGUUUAACCAGAAGGAGAUCCUUGCAUCCCUUAGAUCUUACCCUGGCUUUAAGAAGGUUUACGAAGUGUCACUAGGAUGCAAUGAUGAAUUUUUUGCAGGAGUGGAUGAAGCCAUCAAUUUCUUUAGCUCCAGAUCCUAUGUCACCUUCCCGGAAUGGAGGGUGCAUGGGGAGGGGCUGUUGGAAUUUGCUUUGCAGACUGGAACGCAACAAGCCUUGCUUUUAUUUCAGUCGGGUAGAGAAGGACAUUUUGUUGCUUUGGAAAUCGUUAAUGGUCUAUUGAGAGCUCAUGUAGGAAGGAGCAAAAGCACCACCCAGCUCUCUUCCUUUAGCUUAGUUAGUGACAACAAGUGGCACGUUAUUCGACUUAAGUUCACUGGAAGGUAUCUCAACCUGAUGGUGGAUGAGCAAAGGGUAAGAACAUUGCUGCCUUUGCAAAGCAAGCCAUUUGUAUCUGAAGGCCCCCUCUUUCUGGGAGGUCUUGAUGUCCGCAAGGGAGAAGAAGUUAGGAAGUUAGGAUUUGCCUCUGUGCCUAGGAAAUCAGCUCGAGGAAUCUCUUUGAAAGGAUGCUUAAGAGGCUUGGAAGCCAACUCAGAAAAGAGAGCAUUGAAGGAUGCACUUGUUUCCAAAGAUACAUCUGCAGGGUGUAAAACGAGGAGUAGUGAUAAUGAAAAUCCUUUUAUAACAACAAUGGAAAACCUACUUCAGUCAGAGGUUCCCCUUUCCACCACCGAUGCUGAGGCAGGCAAGCCUGUUUUUCAAGAUGCGAGUAGCUCUUUCUUGAGUCUGAGUAACUUGGAGGUCCAAGAAGGUGGGCGAGCCUUACUGGAACAAAGGCAUCUGAAAGUGGAUGUGGAAUCUGAAGAUUUGGGUAUCCAUCAUUCUCAAAUUCUAUUUAAAGUAGAGAAAAUGCCCCUUCAUGGGUUCCUUCAGUUGGAUGUUUCCCCUGUGCAGGAAAUGGAGAAAGCUUUCACUAUGUUAGAUUUGGGGCAAGGGAAAGUUUGGUACGUCCAUGAUGGUUCGGAAGAACCUAGGGAUGUUUUCACAUUUUCAGUCUCUUCCAGCAGCAAGCGGGAAAUGCCAUUUUAUCUGCAGGGCCAUGUUCCAUAUGUGUUUAACAUUACUGUCAUUCCAGUAAAUGACCCCCCACACCUUAAGCUCCCCGAAGGAAACUUGCUGUUCCUGUUUGAGCAUUCUAGGAAACAACUGACUCCAAAUAUAAUACACGUGUUAGACCCUGACACAGAUUCCUUGAGUCUUAGUUUCUCCGUUCUUGGCAACUUUAAUUCAGAUGUUGGAUUUUUAGAAAACACCAAUGAUCCUGGGAAAGCAAUUCAUGGUUUUACGUAUGGUGAUUUAAGAGAUGGCAGCAUUUUCUACGUGCACAGAGGUCCUCGGAAUUCCCGGAUCCUUUUGAGAGCAAGUGAUGGAGAGCUGGUUAGCAAUACAGUAGUGUUACGGGUCAUGGCUGUUCCUUGGGACUUUGAAGUGGCCGUUAGAACCGGUAUAGUUGUCCAGCAGGGUGGCACGGUUCUGAUUACACAGAGUAACUUGUCAGUGGAGGUUAAUGGUGGACCCCAUGAGAUGGAGACCCGCUAUGCUAUCACUCAGUCACCCCAAUUUGGCCAAAUUCAGCGGCAGGGAUCAAGUGGCGAAUGGAAACAAGUUAGUACCUUUUCUCAGCGUUCCAUUGAUCGGGGUCAGGUGCGGUACCAUAGUACAUUUCAAGAGUUACAGCUAGAAAAUGUUACAGAUCACUUUAAAUUUAAAGUUAACGUAGAAGGAAAAGUCAGCGAAGAGCUAAUGUUUCCCAUUACCGUACAGUGGCUAAAGUUUACACUUCUGAAAAAUGUUCCUCUUAAGGUCAGUAAAAUAAACAGACAAGUAUUGAAUUCUGAUCAUUUGCAGGCUGUGACAGAGGGUGUGGAUGUAGCUCAGAGGGAAAUGCAUUUUAAGUUACUGACCCCGCCCAAGAAAGGAAAAUUGCUACUUGGCAAUAAAGUUCUAAAAACAAACUCAGUCUUCAGCCAACAAAACAUUGCUAACUCUAAGAUAAGUUAUGAGCCACAGGAGAGGCCCAGGGAAGACACACAAGAUACCUUUAGGUUCUUGAUUGUUGCAAAACACAUAGAAUCAAAAGAUUAUACUUUCAGAAUAAACUUUGAAGCAGAUAAGACACGCAUUAUUGUGACUAACAGAGAGUUAUUUGUAAAAGAAGGAGAAGGCAAAUUAAUUACAAAAUCAGAAUUAUUUGCUCAAACAUUGGACAAUCAGACCUUCCAAUAUAAAAUCACCCAGAGUCCUCAACACGGGAAGCUGAAACUGAUUAGCUUGUCAGAUCCUCUGGGAAGUCAUGACAAUAUCACCGCAUUCACUGAUCAAGACCUAGUGGGUGAGCGGCUGAUGUAUGUCCACGAUGAUUCUGAGACCCAGCAUGAUGAAUUCCUCCUUGUGGCCUCCGCCAUAGUACCAGGCCAAGACGGAGUGGUCAGGGAUCUUGACACAGAGCAUUUAUCCACGGAAAUCAAAGUUACCAUUUCUGUAAGGUUAAAGAAUGAUGAGAAGCCAGUGCGUGUGGUAGAUAGGGUCUUUCAUGUUGUGAGAAAUGGCCAGCGCCUGCUGACCCUGGCAGAUCUCUGUUACCAUGACCCCGACUCAGAUUUUGAUGAUGGGCAGUUGCUCUAUACUCGCCGAGGCAUCCCAAAUGGGGACUUGGUGAGAGCCAGUGAUCUCUCUCAGAAACUAUACCAGUUCAGGCAAGAUGACCUACAGGAAGGACAGGUGCUCUUCAGGCAUCGGGGUGCAGACUCUGCUCGCUUUGUACUGUUCGUUACGGAUGGGGUCCACUACACAUCCUUCCUUCUCGAGGUCAGCGCAUCAGACCCUUACAUCCAGAUAGCCAACAACACAGGGCUGCUUGUACAGAGAGGAGAGGACAGCAGCCUCACAACAGCUAACCUCAGUGUCACCACAAACCAAGAUGUCAGAACGGACCACGAGAUCGAAUUCCACAUGGUACAGCCCCCAAAGCACGGCAGAAUGCUGGUCAACCACUCAGUGUCCCUUGCAUUUUCCCAGCAUGACUUGAAGCAAGGACACGUGAUUUAUAGGCAUGACGGCAGUGGCGAUUCUGAUAUGUUCAACCUGACAGUGAAAGUUCAAGAGAUAAUUGUAGAAGUGGGCAUCUGUGUGCGAGUGUACUCAAAAAACCACGAACAUGGCAACCAAAUUCUGCUCAAGACCCUUGUUGUUGAAGAAGGAAAACCAGUAAAACUGAGUAGAGGAAGACUCGAGGCUUUGCAUGAAGAAGAUAUUCCUUCAGAGGCAGUGUUCAUCGUCAGAAUUCCGCCAAUGCAUGGAUACCUCCGAAAAUCUUUACCGGAGAGAGGCAGCUUGGGUGCAGAUGAAAAGUCCCCUCUGAUUUUUACACAACAGGAUAUUGAUGAUGGUAAUAUCCAUUAUGUGCAGAAAACUCCUGACCAACAACAGGACAGUUUUUUACUGGAUGUGGUGAGCGGUUCCCAAGCUGUGAAUGGAAUUGAAAUCUUGGUGGAUAUCGUCCCUAAGCGGAUUCCUCUGGAGGUACAAAAUCUCACAGUCCAGGAAGGUGGUUCCAAAGCACUUCUGAAAGACUAUCUCCAAAUUCCAAACAAGUACUUUGAGGGAGUUGACUGUCAAUUUGUUCUGCUCAAACCACCACAUCACGGUUAUGUUGAAAAUUCUAAUUUUCCAAGAAUGAAGCUAACGAAGUUUACCAGGAAACAGGUGGAAAAUGAAUUGAUUUACUAUGUGCAUGAUGAUAGUGAGGAGCUUCUUGAUAAUUUCACCAUCUUUGCAAAUAUCUCAGAGCUUGGAAAACAGAGUUUGCCCCAAACUCUUUUUGUAACUGUGGAAUCAGUAAAUGAUGAAGCUCCAAUAAUAACAGCCAAUAAAAUCCUUCAGGUAUGGGUGAAUUCUGUCACUGAGAUUACUAGUGGUGACCUCUGUGCUGAAGACAAGGACUCUUCCCCACAGGACCUUAUCUACUGGAUCACUCCACCCAGCAACGGGCAUUUGGCUCUCAAGUCCUUUCCGGGCCAAAGCAUCCAGAACUUCACCCAGGCUCAAAUCAACAAGGGCCAGCUAGUGUUCAUACACACAGGAGCCAUGUCAGGAGGCUUUAACUUUCAGGUUACUGAUGGUUUGAACUUUGCACCAAGGCAAAUAUUUAGCAUCACCGCUCGAGCCCUGACCCUUAGCAUAGAAGUAAACCGAGGACUGAGCAUCUUUCCAGGUAAGAUUUUCACUUGACUGGAGUCUCCAGUAGCCACUGGUGGAUGUUGGCCUCUGCUGCUGUGUGAAGGUUCCACGAAACCACUUUCAUCUGGUGACCUGAGAGCUGUGACCAACGACGCAGGCAGCACAAGAAACAGAACUGUAACUUUUACGGUUAUAAAUUCCCCUAGACUCGGGAGGUUGGUGCAAGUUAAUUCUGACAACAGCACAGAGGAUGUUUCCGUGUUUACACAGACUCUGGUCAGUGAACGGCUGAUCUUAUACCAGCAUGUGGACCACGAGAACACUGGCUGGACUGCAGAAGACUCUUUCACAUUCACAACAUCUUCUCCACCAGCAGCUCUAGGCCCUGAGGAGUUUCAUAUUACUAUAUCAUAUGAAAUUUCUGAACCUGGUCGGCAUAGUCGUCUGCUUGCAAAUACAGGAGCUGCUGUCAAGGAGGGAGACAAAGUUCUCAUUGGCCAAUCUAAUUUAGAUGCUUCCAACCUCUUAUUGAAAUUACCCAAAUCCCAGCGAUCUUCCUAUGAGGUCUGGUUCCAGGUUACAUCUCUUCCUCACCAUGGAACUAUUAAGGUUGGAGAGAGGAAUAUUACCAAAGGAAAACCCAAUUUCUCCCAGUAUAUAGUUAAUAAAUUUGGACUCAUGUACCUUCACGAUGACUCUGAAUCACUGGCUGAUAAUUUUACCUUUGCUGUUUGGCCAAAUCAAAAGAGCAAGUCUGCUGCCAAGCCAGAGGCUGACUUCCUUGAAGAGAUGUUUAACAUCACCAUCUUGCCUGUUAAUGACCAGGCACCAGAAUUAAAGACAAAGGGGCUUCGGUUGAAAGUUUUACAAGGCAACAGGGUAGUUGUGGGACCUGAAAAUCUGAGAGUGGAAGAUCUGGACAGUCCUCCAGAGGAGAUCAGAUAUAUGAUCAUCCGCAAUCCUAAUAAUGGAUUUUUGGCAAUGGCUCACCAACAAGACGUACCUGUUCACUAUUUCACACAAGCUGACAUUGACAAUUCUAGGGUGUUGUUCGUUCAAGAUGGAAGCCCAUCCUCGGGUGUGUUUUAUUUUAGUGUGACUGAUGGUCAACACCGCCCACUCUAUAAGCUCUUCCACCUGGAUGUCAUCCCCAUCUCCAUCACCCUUGUGAACCUCACUGACCUACUUCUCCCACAAGGCCAGACAACAGUCCCUAUCACCAAUACUCAUCUGUCAGCAAUGACCAAUGGGAGAAGCCCCCAAAUCACUUACAAGAUGACAUGGCCCCUCCAACAUGGGCAUUUGCUCAUGGAAAACCAGGUGGUCAUCAGCUUUGGGCAGGAAGAUCUGCAUUUGGGAAGACUUUCUUACCAUAUGACAAAUCUCACUGCCUCAGAGGACCAGCUACAUUUCUCACUGUUUACACCAGAAAGUAACCUUACAGGACAAACACUGAGCAUCAGAGUGCAGCCUUUACUGCGGGUUAUGUCAAAUCUGACAAUUGCCAACAGAGUGAUUUAUCAACUGAGAAGAAAGGACCUUGAUGCCACUGAACUUGCUAAUAGGACUAACAGUGAUCCCAAAUUUGAAGUGACAGAACCCCCUGUCCAUGGAAGACUUGUACGAAGAGUGGGCCGAGGCGCAGAAAUGGAAAACGCUACCAUAUUCACUCAGAGGGACAUUGACCAAGGAUUGUUAAUGCUUAAUCCACAUGCCAACCUAACAGGCAUUGAUAUGGUGAAUGACUCCUUCACUUUCCUGCUCAGGGCAGACCAUGUACAGCCAGCAAUAGGAUAUCUCCCCUUCACGGUAGUGCCACCUGACCCCCUACUUUUGCAAACAUUUAUCCCUGAUGCUUCUUUAUUAGUCACUGCAGAUAACCUUGUGACUGCAGAUUUCUUUCAGGAAAAGCUUGUGGUUUCCUCAGAACCCACAGCACAGACAGAAAUUCUAGGGAAGCUGACUCAGACCAGGCACCAGCAAGCAGAAUCCUGGGGACGACACCAUGGUAAAGAGCCUACUAUAGACAGCAGAGCCUCUCCAACUAGGAUCAUUUGGCCACCAAACACCACCAAUGCUAGUGCUGGGGCACCCACCCAACCCAGGGAGAGCAAUUAUCCUGUGAUAGUCAUUGUACCCUUGGCUGUAGCGGUCUUCCUGCUGAUAAUAACUGCUGUGGCCUUGUGUAUCUGGCUGCUGGGCCGGAAGGUGGAAAAGGCAAAACCUCUUAUCAAGCCCCAGACCAAUAUGGAACCUACAACCCCAAGUCCUAGGCCAGAAAGGAGCAUGGCUGUUCCCGCCGUCACAGUGACACCCCUUCUAAAAAGCUCCAGCAGUCCCCCAGUAAGUGUUUACAGGGACCCACUAAGUGAGCAAAUGGCUUCUCCAGCUACUGAGUCAGUGGAGAAAUGUGCUUCUUGGGAGACAUGGAUGAAUCUGGAUCCCGACAUGGUCAAGCUCUGCCGACAAACCAACCCAGCACUGAAGCACAACCAGUAUUGGGUGUAGACUGAGGGCUCCUGUGUCCAAUCUACCACCUGCUGUAGUAGGAUAGGUACUGAGAUACAAAGGCAAGGAAAUGCUGGGUGGAUCAACUGAGAAAAGCCUGGCCCUAACAGUCACUCAGUGCUCAGUUAUGGUCCCAUGGUUAGAUGUUGGCAAGUGUUUAUUGUAACUCAUGCAACACUCAUCUGAUGGGCUCUCCACAAUGA